UCAUUUUUUCGACGAGAAAUACCAUUUGGUCCAGUCAUUGAGAAGCUAGCAACAUCAGCUCAACUGUGUUCAAGCCGUUGUGAUUGGUUCCAGGUAAGGGCUCACUCCCCAGAUCCCCAGUGAAUGAAGUUUUCCUGUGGUUGAAGCAUCUCGGUUUCUGCCACCCCUACUCCUCCUGCCUCUCACAAUGUCCUCAAACUCCUCCUCCUGCUCCUCCUCGGGAGAGACCAGUCCAGAGGACGUGCCCCGAGGUGGGGGCACCAUCCGCGUCUUCCUUCCAAAUAAACAGAGGACCGUGGUAAAUGUUCGCCCUGGGCAGACGGUUUAUGACAGUUUGGACAAAGCCCUUAAAGUAAGGGGCCUGAGCCAGGACUGUUGUGCUGUGUUUCGACUUUUAGAGGGUCGCAAGAGACUAACUGACUGGAACACUGACAUCACCCCCCUGGUGGGAGAAGAACUGCUGGUAGAGGUGUUGGAUGAUGUCCCUCUCACUAUGCAUAACUUUGUACGGAAAACCUUCUUCAAGUUGGCCUACUGUGACUUCUGCCACAAGUUUCUGUUCAACGGCUUCAGAUGUCAAACAUGUGGCUACAAGUUUCACCAGCACUGCAGCAGCAAAGUCCCCACUGUGUGCGUGGACAUGGACACUAUGACGAAACGGUUCACGCCGAAUCCCUGCACAGAUGAGUACCCUCAGAUAUCCAUACUGCCAGACAACUCUAUAUCCGAGAGUGACUUAGCCUUAACCCCAGAUCCUUCUGGGCAUGGACUACUGUCCCCGACCUCGGCCUUCCGCUUCCCACUUCCAGGUGGUGAUGGUCAGUCUCUACAGAGGCACCGGUCAACCUCCACCCCCAACGUCCACAUGGUCAGCACCGUGGGCCCUGCCGGCGUCAGCAUCAUCGAGGAGGCGUUAAAAAUACAAAACAACACAAUGGGUCCCGAACCAUCACCCAAACCCUCUACCAGCCCGCCCUCCCUGGGCUCCCCUGGCCGGAGACCUCCGAAAUCCCCCUCAGAGCACAAGGAGCGCAAGCCCUCGUCGUCUGACGACAAGAAGAAAGUGCACCGUGGCGGUUAUAGAGAUUCAAGUUACUACUGGGAAGUCCACUCACGAGAGGUCACCAUCCAGAAGAGAAUAGGCGCAGGCUCCUUCGGGACUGUCUUCAAGGGCAAGUGGCACGGAGAUGUGGCCAUUAAGAUCCUUAAAGUGACCGAGCCGACGCCUGAGCAGUUACAAGCCUUUAAAAAUGAAAUGCAGGUCUUACGAAAGACACGCCACGUCAACAUCCUGCUGUUCAUGGGCUUCAUGACUAAGCCCAACUUUGCCAUCAUCACACAGUGGUGUGAAGGUAGCAGCCUGUACCGCCAUCUGCAUGUCUCUGAGACCAAGUUUGACACCAUGCGACGCAUUGACGUGGCCAGGCAGACGGCACAGGGCAUGGAUUAUCUUCAUGCCAAAAAUAUAAUUCAUCGAGACCUGAAAUCAAACAAUAUCUUCCUCCAUGAAGGCUGGACUGUGAAGAUAGGGGAUUUCGGGCUGGCCACUGUGAAGUCUCGCUGGAGUGGCUCUCAGCAGGUUGAACAGCCCAGCGGCUCCAUUCUCUGGAUGGCUCCAGAGGUGAUCCGUAUGCAGGACGCCAACCCAUAUACGUUCCAGUCAGAUGUUUAUGGUUACGGGGUGGUGCUGUUUGAGCUCAUGUCAGGGACUCUGCCUUAUUCCCAAAUCAACAACCGAGACCAGAUACUCUUUAUGGUUGGGCGUGGCUACUUGUCUCCAGACCUCAGUUUGCUGUCCAGUAGCUCCCCCAAGUCAAUGAAGAGGCUUAUCAUUGACUGCCUGAAGUUCAAGCGUGACGAGAGGCCCCUUUUUCCACAGAUCAUGUUAGGCAUUGAGCAGGUCCAGGACCUGUUGCCAAAAAUAGAGCGGAGUGCCUCCGAGCCCUCCCUCCACCGGGCUGUCCACGCAGAGGAACUGAACCCACUGUUGUUCCACACCACUCGGCUGAUGCCCCUGUGAGCCAGUCCGUCUGAGAGGAGACCGUCACCACUGCGUUUUUCCCCUGAGAGGGAGGCAGGGAAGGAGAGAGGGAGCGUGCUGACGCCUGCCCGUCCCAACACUCUGGGCCAGGACUAUUCAACUGAAGUCAUGAAGGGCUGACGCACUGUGGUUUUAAUGUUUUCAUCCUCUCCUAUUGAUAAGUGACGGAAGCAGACCUGGGACGGCCUUCUGGUAAUUAACGAGGUAGAAAACAAAAAUCAGAAGUGUUUGGGCCCCCCCUGGACCGGAGUUGAAUAGCCCUGGCCUGGGGGUGCAGUCCAAAUGGCAGACUAUUCCCUGCUCAGUGCACUUCUUUUGACCUGAGCCCAGUGGGCUCUGUUCAGAAGUGCUCUUUGAGGUGUAUAGGUUGCCGUUUGGGACAUGCCUAGCAUUCCACCUCCUCUGGCCUUGGUUGGGCCUCCUCCAACAGACAAGACCACAUGUAGUCCCUCCUUACGCGGACACUCCAUAUCACAUCACGACUUACUUACACAUAAGACCCACACUGGAACUACAGAACACACGGUGGACUGGCCAUGUCAGUCCUCCUACAUUCCUAUACUGUAACAUGCCUGGCUAUGGGUUUCUAAAGGCUGCUUUUAGGGGUGUGACGUCUGACUUGGUGGUUGUAUCACAGCGUCAGCAUUUCAAGCUUUUUAAGUGCAAGCAACGAAAGACUAUUUCUAAAGUCACAACAAGAGCAUGCAAGAGAAGAGGACUUUCACUUGGUUUCUGGGACCAAAUUUGAACUCACUGGUCUUUUUGGCCCCCUGAUGGUUUUGGUAAAUCACUGUGGUCAUGCAGUCUUAAAAUAUGAAAACAAAUAAGUUGUAUUGCUGCUAUACAACAUGGAUUGAUAUGCCAGUCUGAGACCAGAAGUUUGGGACUUGGGUUAAUGGCAACAUAAAGUAUGCUGCCAUUUUAAAAGGCACAGCAGGGUCAUAUUUAUUAGUGCACACCACAUCAAAACAUUUGGCUUGGGAAACAAGUGUCCCCUUUUCUGUCUUCUUUCAUUUGGUGCCUAGUGAAUACGAUCCAGACGUGCUAAAACUUGUGCAUUAUUUCCAUUGACUUUAUGUAGGUUACUUGAGCCCAGAGAGAUUCUGUACGGCCUGAAACCUCUAGUCCUGAUUUCUGUCAGAGUAAGGGGUGGGGGGUGUAACAGAUUGUAAUUUUGAAAAUAAAUGUUCACUGCAGAUUGGCCACAACUAAAUUAUUUCCCAACUAAAAUGUAUUUCGAUAUGAUUACUAAAUCUCUCUUUUCAUGGGAAUACUUUGGAACAGAUUUGCUCAAUGGAACUAAUUUCUAGCCAAAUUCCUGGUGAUGUUAGUCUUAUGACCCCCAAAAAACAACAUUAUUUUUAUUUUGUGGGGCCAAAAACAUUGGCUUUGGCCUGUGGGCCCCUGUUGCCGACCCCAGCUUUAGUCUUAACAAUUAAGUUAACAAUGCUUACCGUCAGCUUGAUUUUGCAUUGCACCAUGGACCAGCACUUGUGCUAGCUUUGGCAAAUCUGAUUCAAACAAGCUGCCUUAUUUACACCUAGUUGCUUUUUGCUCGUGACAAGUAAAGCAGUGGUGAAGGUAAAAAGUAUUCUCACUAGUUUUUUUUUCUCAGUAGAUGUUUUUGGUUACGUUUAAAAUGGCCUGUUCAUUAUCAGUCAUGUGACGUCCAGUUUGUUUGUAUCCUGCUUUCAGUAUACCUUUAAAGGGGGUUUAUUAACUUCAUAAUGGUUCAAAACAAAUAAGCCAUAGUCUUGCUUUCUUAUUUCCUGAUUGUUGUAGUUUUGACUUGUCUUUAGGAAAUAUUUGCCACUAACUUCAUGACCUCUGCUGUUACUGCUUCUUAUUCCUGUUGAUAGGCUGCUACUUCAAUUAAGUGUUGUACCUAGUGAACGGGAGUAGGUUUGUCGAUAUAAGCAGGGAUUAGACUAUUAGUGUCUUGGUUCUUUCAGUGAAGGUGCAUAGAUUAUUUCUAUUCUAAAUGGCUCCAUGGUGCAAUGUGGAUUGGAUAACAGUCAUUUGGCUGCAUACUGGUUACAACAGGAGGCAACUACUUCUAUUGUUGUCACUUAAUUUGAACUAAUGGAGAAUGUGAUCUUAACCCACAACGGGUUUGGUUUUUGGUGUCACGUAUGCUGGCAAUUGCUUGGACAGUAGAGGGCGUGAUUUCUUUAUACUGUAUUUGACGUAAUCCAUUUAAACAAUUGCAGAUUCUAUGGUGGGGUGACGGUUACUGAAUAAACUGACAGCUUUUCUAAAAAGCAGAUGAUAUGCAGGUUUUUAACCUAGAUAUUUUAAAGAGGGGCUGGGUACCCGAUUUUUAUUUUAUUUACUUUUCAGUGAUGUUGGUGGUUAUGGGUGGGUUGUAGGACUAAGUUUGACUUGGGGAUUUUGAUAGAUAUUGGCUGGGACUGAGUACCUUUGUCAUCUUAUUUAUUGAUGUUAUUGUCAUUACAGACAGCUGUUUUCUGAAUAUUGUCAUGGAUCUUUUGGUGGAUUACAUGUUUACAGAGUAAUAAGAGAUCUCUCUUGCAGCAUUUUAAAUCAUGGAUACUUUGGCUUCUCAGAAUGUCCUUUCAGAACCUGGUACUGUAUUCAUUUAGCUUAAGAUUCUGUGUCAUGCAAGUCAAUGUAAUUGGAUUUUGACUUCAACGUGACAUUUUUCCUCUACAACUGUAACUUGAUACAUGGCCCGAGUAAGUACUUGUGAUUUACUCAAGUGAAAUUAUUUAGCAAUAAGGCUUUAGGAUUGUGAUUUAUGGCCAGUAUACAGUGGCUAAGAACUGUUCUUAUGGAUGACAUAAGAGUGCCUGGAGAAUAUCCUUAGUUGUGUACUGUAUACUGGCCCUAUACCAAAAUCCCCUGAGCUGCCUUAUUGCUAUUAUGACGUUUACAGUUGAGCAAUAACGCCCAAUGCUGUGUUCUAUAUGGCCGAUAUACCACAUCUAUACCCUAUACUGCCCUCUGGUGAGGUAAAUUGGUCAUGUACUACAAACCGUAGAGGGGCUUUAUUGUUUGAUUAUAAACUGGUUACCAACAUAAUUAGAACAGUAAAAAGUACACUUUUUGGUGUACCUGUAGUUUAUGGUCUCAUAACAUGUCUUUCAGCUAAUCAGCGUUCAAACAACCCACUAGAUAAUGUAGUGUAGACCCUUAGCUGUUUUAUGCACCUAACGGUCCACCCAUCCGACUGCAGAUGCAGACUGGUUUUGUGCUACAUUAUUCCACCAUGUCAUUACUAUCUGCAGUUCCAAAAUACAAGCACCAUUUGUCUCAAAGUUUUUUUCUAGAGAACCUGGUUGGCCUAUUCCUAGAAUCAAGAAGAAAUGUGCAGGGAUGCCGGAAUACUCCAACCAGGAGUUCUGUAAUGCUUUGGGGGGAACAUUUUAGUCGUGCAAUCCUGCCCUCUUCUGGUCAGACCAGGAAACAUUGAAUGUGUCAUUGAAAUGGCAUUUAUACUAUUAUUUAUGGAAAAAGAAAAAGGUGUGGAACAUGUUUUUGAAGAUGUUGCACAUGAAACAUUUGUCUGCCCCAUGAUGUAAAGGUGUGGGUCAUGCAUAUUUUGAAUAGCCGAAAGGCUUCUGAAUAAAACAUACCUUUCCAAAUAACAUCCCCUUCAUAGACUAGAUACUUUUAAGAAAAAACGAUCUGGUGCGUUUAGAUGUAUCCAUGUCACAGGAAUAGUCUAGCAUCUUAUAUUUGGUGGCAUUGCUUUACCAAUAAUGUCAGUCAGUUUCUGUUGACUGAAUAGUUCAUUUGUUUGCCACUUUGUUUUUUUGUGUUGAGAGUUUUUUAAAAUUUAAAUAAAGAUGUCACUUCAUAAAAAUAUGAUCUAGUCAGUUUAGUCAAAUGCAUCUCCUCUCUUCAAAAGGGUACACAGUGUUUUUCUGUUCUCUGUUUUGAAGAGAGAAGGACAAAAGUGCCACAUUUUACUGGAAUUAAACAGACAAUAAUCGACGUCCACUGAAAAGGAUUGCAGUAGUCACGCAGCAUGGGAAACAACCCUGACUCAUUAAAGAGCUGUCAUCACAGAGCAGAAAGGAGAAUGAAUGACCUGUGUUGGAGUAGUUUUGCAUAUCUCUAGGUGAAUUGCAAUAAUUGUGUGUGUGUGUGUAUAGUUUGAGGUAUCAGGGGUGUUCAGUUUGCAAUAAAAUGUGUAUUCUGUUGUGUACAGUUACAUUUUUUUUUUUUAAUUACAAAAUUGUACUUGUUUCUAUUUUUUGUGUGAUGGUUUCAAAAAAAGAACAAUUAUUUUAAAAUGUAAAGGAAAUCUUAGUAUUUUUUUAGUUUUAUUUGUCUUAAAAUAUUGAGGAUGCAGGAUUUUAUUCUUUAAAUAAAACUGUGGAAUAAUAA